UUUUUUUUCUCUCUCUGCUGUUUCCUGUUCAAAGGAGCAUCAUCAACCACAACCACUACCACUACCACUCCAACACCUAUGGGCUUGCUAUCAGAAGGGACGCCACUCAGCUGGGCAGACGUCCAGGCGUCGGGGGUGCCUGACACUGUGCGGCACCAUGGCAUUCUGCAGUUCCUGUCCAUCUACCGCCGGCUGAAGGACCGCCGCGGCGACUGCCUCAAGUUUGGCGACGAGGUCGAGUACAUUAUUGCGACGCUCAUUCCCAGCGCCUCUGUCGGCGGCAGCAGCAGCGGCAGCGGCAGCAACGGCAACAGCAGCAGCACUGCAAGCGGCAAUGCUCACCCCGCGCAGGCCGAGCAGCACGAGCAGCUCCCUCCGCAGGCCGACCGCACUGCGCGUGUGUGUCUGCGUGCGCAGUACAUCUUGGAGCAGCUUGGGCAGGAGGAGCACCACGUCGACGCCAAACUGCUCAAGAUGCUGUGGCGCCCGGAAUAUGGCCGAUUUAUGAUUGAAGGCACUCCCGGACAGCCGUACGCCGGCUCCAUCAGUGACUUUUUGACGGUCGAGUCCAACAUGCGGCUGCGACGAGAGACAGUGCAGGCCCUCCUCAGGCCGAACGAGGUUGCGCUGACAGUGACCAACUUCCCGCUGCUCGGCACGCCCAAUUUCACCGAGCCUCCUGCCGCUCCUCGCGGUCCCGCUGCUCGCUCGCUGUUCUUCCCCGAUGAAGCCAUCAAUGCUCAUCGACGAUUCCCAACCUUGACCCAAAACAUUCGCGAGCGUCGUGGCAAGCGAGUGGCAAUCAACAUGCCAGUGUUCCGUGAUGUCAACACCCCCAAACCCUUCGCGCCCAAGUAUGACGAUGAGGAAGCUGAUGCGGCGGCUCUGCCCGAGCACAUUUAUAUGGAUGCCAUGGGCUUUGGCAUGGGUUGCUGCUGCCUACAGGUCACCUUCCAGGCGUGCAGCAUUGACGAAGCGCGCCAUCUUUACGACCAGCUUGCUGUGAUUGCGCCAGUCAUGCUGGCUCUCACCGCGGCUACGCCAAUCUUCCGCGGCUAUCUUGCGGACGUUGACUGCCGAUGGAAUACCAUCUCGCAGUCUGUCGAUGAUCGCACGCAAGAGGAGCAGGGCAAGGCACCGCUCAAGUCAAGUCGAUUUGUCAUUCCAAAGUCUCGAUACGACUCCAUCGACUCGUACAUUUCACAAGACCCUGCUCUUCGAGCCUCGCAUAACGAUAUUCCUCUUGUGAUGGACCACGGUCACUAUGCAACUUUGCGAAACGGCGGUGUUGAUCAUCUCCUAGCGCAGCACGUUGCCCACCUGUUCAUUCGUGAUCCGCUUGUCGUGUAUCGCGAGCGUCUCAACCAAGACGACGAGAACGAAUCGGACCACUUUGAAAACAUCCAGUCGACCAACUGGCAGACCAUGCGCUUCAAGCCCCCGCCGCCCAACAGCUCAAUCGGCUGGCGUGUCGAGUUCCGAGUCAUGGAGGUCCAGCUGACGGACUUUGAAAAUGCCGCCUUCACGCUUUUCAUUGUCCUCUUGACCCGCGCCAUUCUCUCCUUUGAUCUGCUGUUCUACAUUCCCAUCUCAAAGGUUGACGAAAACAUGCAAACAGCGCAGAAGCGUGAUGCCGUGUCGUCUGGCAAGUUCUUCUUCCGAAAGAAUCUUACUCGCGCCGUGGAUGACGAUUCGUAUGAGCUUAUGGACGUGAAUACAAUCAUCAAUGGACAGGAGGGCGCCUUCCCUGGUCUCCUUCCGCUGCUGAACCAGUACUUGGACAGCAUGGAGAUUGAUUUCCAGUCUCGCUCUUUGCUCGCAAGCUACUUUGAACUGAUUUCCAAGCGUGCUUCAGGCGAGCUGAUUACCACCGCCAAAUGGAUGCGCGAGUUUGUGCAGCAGCAUCCCGAGUACAAGAAGGACUCGGUCGUCUCCGGCCCGAUUGCGUUCGACCUCGUCAAGUUGUGCGCUGAUUUGGGGAAUGGAAUCGCCACUGCUGAACGGCUGCUUGGUCCAUUGCCCACCCAACCUGCUCAGUAACGCGCGCCUUGGCUGCCCAUGGAUCUCGUGUACUUGUCUGCUGCGACGUCACCCCGAUUUUUUUGUUUCAUUCCCGCUCGGAACCGCUGGGAGACAGCUGUGUGUGUGUUUUGUUUUCUGUUGUGGAGACUUGUUUGUUGUAUUCCUUGCUUCUUCAUGUGCUCAGGCAUGUUUGAUUAUUUGGUGGAUGUUGAGUUGAAUCUGGACUUAAUAUUCUAAAUUCAUUGAAAUCGUCACAAUAACCCCCUUGCACACCUGA